AUGCAUCGUUCAAUAUUAGUAGUUAUUGGUAUUUUUGCCUGUUUGAUCAGUUUGAUCAAUGGAGCUGUUUUUGUAUCAAACUCUGCCUCCUCUGACAGUGCUGCAAGUAGUUCAGUUGCUGCUUCAUCUGAAGAAAUCAGACCAUGUGUAUUCAAAGCAGGCGAGAAUAUUGUUGAUCUUAACGAACUUACUACCGACACUAUCAACUAUAGCAAUGACUUGGGAAAUUUCUCUCUUUCAGUCUGCAGCUUUGUUAGUGGCACUGCCACAGUGAAUUGUGGACAGUCUUCCAUUUGCUACAAAGAUGCUGGUACUGCCAAGACACUCAAGAUUGGGUCACAUCUCUCAGCACACGAGUUUCAAAACCGCAAUGGCUCAGACUUUGGCGUCAAAUUUGGUCUUGGUGAUCAAUGUGGUAUGUACAAGAUCACCACUGAUAUCCUCUUUUACUGUCAACAAGGUACAUCUGGAACCAUUACAAAUGCUAUUAGAAGUCCACUCCAAGUUGGUGCUGCAUGUUAUAGAAAUUUCACCUUGUCAGUUGGUGCCUCUUAUUUCUGUCCACCAGCUCCAAAGGGCGGUCUCUCUGGAGGUGAUGUUUUCUUGAUCAUUUUCUUUGUUGGUUUUGGAGCUUAUUUCAUUUUCGGAACUGCUAUCCAAUGUUACAGAGGUAGAAGAGGUACUGAAGCCAUUCCAAACCAUCAUUUCUGGGGAUCAUUCUUUGGACUUGUUGGUGCUGGUGUUGGUUUCAUCAAGAACAAGAUUACCGGUGGAUCAUCCAAUGAGAGAGAUGAUACCGAAAAUUUUGGCAGAGUGACGAUUAGGGAAAAUGAUGUAGAGACUACUGUAACCGAAUGA